GUGCGCAUGUGAUAAGACUGAUAAUAUUGAGAUAGAUCAUCCGUGGAGCUAUUCACAGAUAGUUCGCGUGGUUUGUUAGCCGCGUCGUCUCGCGGAGUGAUUUUGACAGAUGGUAAACAAGCGAGCAACGCAGUAGUAAAUCAUCUAAAGUUCUGUGAACGCGGAGAUCAAAGGCCUCGAUUGCAAUAAUCGUGAGUGGGAUGUCCUUCGCUGCUGCGACCGUGGAACGUGUGAUCGUUGCUGUAAUUAACGAGAAACGAGUGCUGUAAUCGCGGAUUCCGCGACGUCACGGGCGCUGCCCAUCCUGUCUCUUCUUCAUUAAUCUCAAGCGGGCGACGCGAACUACGAAAAUGGGGAACAUGUGCAACGAAUGUAUGGCCAGAGUGCCGUAUGCGACUCUUAUAGCGACCAUUAUGUGUUGCCUGGGAGUUGGAAUCUUCUGCGGAACCAUGUACAGAGGUGCAACAUUGUGUGCUCUUAUGAUGGAUCAGGUAUUUCACCUACAUAUUGGAUGGUUGGAAGUGGUGCAGUUAGUGUUUGCAUCAAUCGGAGCAUGCAUGGCAGCUUUAGGAUUCAUGAUUUUGUGUGUUGGUUGUCUUGCAACUGGUGCUACGAGGCACAAAGUCUACCGUGCAUGGCAAUCUCGAGUGGGUGGACGUAUCUCUUGUGCUGUUUUUAUGGUUAUCAUCUACAUUCUGCAAAUAGUUUGGCUUCUGAUAUUCUCAUUCCUAAUUAUUACAACGCUGAUAUUCACCAUAUUCUGGAAUUUGUGCAGCAAUCCACGUGUUCAAUCUCUUGACGACUGUAUUGAUUUUACUCAAUUUAGUUUUAUGUUUCCAAAUAAUACACGGGUGCAAGACAUGCAAGUAUGUGGACCCCAAGAAGUCAAGCUGUUCUGUAAAGAUUUUGUGGAGAAAGCUGAAGUGAUGUUCAUUUUGGCGACCGCGGCGAGCAUGCUUGUGAUUCUAAGCUUGAUACACUAUCUGAUGUGCUUAUCUGCUAAUUAUGCACAUAUACGAGAUCAUGAAAAGUUCCAGGAACUGCAGGAACUGCAGUACUUACAGGAUGCGACCGAUCCGGACUCCCCUCAGUCGGGAAUGGGUACUCUUGGCUCUCAUCGCGGUAAAGACAGGUUCUAGGAUACGGCCCGCGAGAUCUUCACUAUGAACCCCUUGUAAAGGGAACAUCAUCUACUUGAGUAUCUACGUAGGUCAUUCUUAUGAUUGGAAAUCUCUUCCGGAUACUACUUCCUUUUCUCUAUGUACCUAAAUUCGGUAUUCUGCUCAUUGCGGUGUGUCUGUUGCCGUUACAGUAGUCUACUUGAUUAGAGGAUCUUGCGGGAACCAACUCUAUAUGCCGUCCAUUAUAUUUGCGACUAUCGUAUGUAAGCAUCUAUUCGUUUUUUUUUUAUGUAAAAAAGAUUUUAUUGAAGCAUGCAUCGAUUUAUAAUAAGAUUUUCAUUUUUGACGCGGAUUGCUCGAUUCAAAUCGAGAUUAUUUGUAGAGUUUUGGUCUAGGGCAUUGUUCGCUCACGACGAAUAUCAUUCCCUAAACUCAUAUUCGUAGGAAAAGUAUUUUAAAUCUAUCCUGUGUAUGUCAAAACGUACAAGAUUCCAGCGCAAAGAUUUUUGUUACUUGAAGUGUUGUUUUAUUUCACUUUGAUGUGAAAUAAAAAUGCACACGCACAUUAUAUUGUGGAUAAUAGUAUUAUGCGAGAAUUCAUGACUUUAUCAUUUGCCGAUCUAAUUUUUCGGUAUUAGGGCUAAUUAACGGACUAUGUGUAUUACGUGUCUAUGUCUUCAGUACUGAGAUUUUUUUACGAAAGAGAUUUCUUUUAAUAUACAUAUAUUACAUGUUUACAUGCUAGGCUACUAUGCAUAUAUUUUCAUUACAUUACGGAUAUUUAAAGCACGCUGGGAAAAUUAGAAUAGGAUAAUAAAAGAGACAACUAUGUAUAUUAAAUAGUACAUAAAAAAAAGAUCAAACAACGACCGCAUAUAUCGUAAUUGUUAAAAUAUUAUUCAUCAAAUUUUCGUUAAAUAUCUUCCCAGUUUAUUUGCUAUGAAAUAUUCAUGUCGUUUGUGCAAUUAUACAGAACAAAGCUUAUAUUUCAUAUAGCUUAUAUUUCAUAAGCAGUUUUCUAUGGAAAAUGUUCA